ACCGCCACAUUGUUUUCUUACCCUCACAACCAAAGCCACCUUUGUCCUCUAAAUCACCACCGUCCAUUCCAUUAUACCUCCCAAAUCACGUGGUACUUCAAGAAUUUAUAUAUACUUCUUUUUCACCUUCACCUCACACAAACACCCCAAGAAAACACACACUAGAAUGCCUUCACAAUUGAUCUAUGGCAAUGAUGGUAUCUAUAGAUCCCCAAGGCCUCCCCUUUCUCUUCCCCAAGACCCCAAAUUUUCCAUGAUCCCCUACCUCUUUAGAAACUUGUCAUCCAUCUCCCACUUGCCCGCACUCGUCGAUGCUGAGACUGGUCAGACAUCAACAUUUUCCGUCCUAAGAACUCAAGUUUUAAACUUCUCCAAAGCCCUCCUUGACCUCAGCGUCUCCAAGAACGAUGUCGUCCUUAUAAUAUCGCCCAACUCCCUCCUCUUCCCCGUUGCCUUCUUUGCCGUUGUGGCCAUUGGGGCCAUUGCCACCACCGCCAACCCAUUGUACACUGCAGCUGAAAUCUCCAAACAAGUCAAAGAUUCUGAUCCGAAGCUUAUCAUCACAAUCCCCCCACUCUAUGACAAGAUCAAACACCUCAACCUUCCUUGCAUCAUGCUAACCAAUUCGACGACCCCAAGCAAUUCAAAUUGGUACAACUCAUCCGACUUCAUCAACAAAACAUCUCUAAACGUAUUGUUGUCGGACUCGGACUUCCCUCCGGUACAUCAGGACGACCCUGCCGCCAUUCUGUACUCGUCUGGGACAACAGGCGCCAGCAAGGGAGUCGUUUUAUCGCACAAGAACUUCAUUGCAACGUCCAUGAUGGUCACCUCGGAUCAAGAUCAAGCCUACGGAGAAGCCAAGAACGUCUUCCUCUGCUUCUUACCUAUGUUCCACAUCUCCGGCCUGGUGGCCGUGCUGUUCGCACAGCUGCAGAGGGGGAACAAGGUGGUUGUCAUGCCGCGGUAUGAAAUGGAGAAGAUGUUGAGGACUAUUGAGAAGUACAAAGUCUCACACUUUUUUGCAGCACCACCGGUGAUUGUAGCCUUAGCCAAGAACCAGGAGGUGGUGAAGAAAUACGACGUUUCAUCCCUAAGGGAGAUAGGAUCAGGGGCGGCACCACUCGGAAAAGAUGUGCUCGAGGAAUGUGCAAAAGUUUUUCCACAAACUGCUCUAUACCAGGGCUAUGGCCUAACAGAGACUUGUGGGGCUGUCUCCCUGGAAAACGCAGCGGCGAGUUCGCAGCACUCGGGCUCCACCGGAAUGCUCGAUCCAGGAGUCGAAGCCCGAAUAAUGGAUUUGGAAAGAAUGCAGCCUCUCCCACCUCUCCAGAAAGGCGAAAUUUGGGUUCGCGGGCCCAACGUAAUGCUAGGUUAUUUCAAGAAUGAGAAGGCGACUAAGGAAACUAUAGAUGAUGAAGGGUGGCUGCAUACUGGAGAUCUUGGUUAUUUUGAUAAUGAGGGAAGGAUUCAUGUUGUGGACAGAUUAAAAGAGCUCAUCAAAUACAAAGGCUUUCAGGUUGCACCAGCCGAGCUUGAGGAGCUGCUUCUUACUCAUCCUGAGAUAAAAGAUGCUGCAGUUAUAGGACUCUCUGAUGUUGAUGCUGGCGAAGUCCCGAUUGCUUUUGUUGUUCGAUCAUCGUAUAGUUCACUAACUGAAGUAGAGACCAAAGAUUUCAUUGCAAAGCAGGUUGCACCAUACAAGAGGUUGAGGAAGGUGAUUUUCAGUGAAGAAAUCCCAAAGUCAGCCGCAGGAAAGAUUUUGAGAAGGGAACUCAGACACAGAUUUUUGUCCAAACUGUAAAUCAUUAUAUCAUCACUUCUGAUAAUAAAUUUGUACAACGUUUGCAUAUUUUCUUUGCUUUCAAUGAUAUGGUAAUAAAUUCCAACA